CUAUCUUCAGACGUCAACUCCAAAAUUUCUAUAACCACUUGAGAUAAAAUCAAGGCCCACUUAAACCCUUCCUAUAUAAAUAAGUGCCAAAAAUAAUGAUAAGCAACAAACAUGAAGCUCAUCAUCUGUGUCGUUCUUAGUGUGGCUUUGGCUCAAGCCAGCCAACUCAAACCAGCCCACGUGAAACCCCUCUUCCCUGCACGAAGACCAGUCAACUUCAAACCCGGUGUUAGAAUCACCGGAGGAAAUGAAGUAGUACCACACUCCUUGCCGUACCAAGUGGGUCUCCUCAUUCCCACAGAUGAAGGUACUGCUUUCUGCGGUGGUUCUCUCCUUUCGCCGACUACGGUACUCACAGCGGCCCAUUGUGGGGAAUUGUCCAAAAACAUUGAGAUCGUGUUAGGGGCCCACAAAAUCCGGGAGGCAGAACCAGAACAAAUCAGAGUUAACAGCAGCGAAGUUAUGGUUCACCCAAAAUGGGACCGAUUGACUCUUCAAAACGAUCUUGCCAUUCUUCGAAUUCCUGAAGGAGUCGUCGAACUUAAUGACAACAUCAAGACGGUACCACUCCCAUCUCGCGCUGAUGCCGAAAAGGACUAUUUGGAUGACCUCGCCACUGCCAGUGGGUGGGGAAAAGACUCCGAUAAGGCCGAAAGCAUCAGUGAAGUUCUCCGAUCUGUCCAAGUUCCAGUGGGGGAAAACGGUGUUUGCAAUUUGUACUACUUGGGGGUGAUUCAAGACACACAUCUUUGUGCCCAUGGAGAUGAUGGUAAAUCGACGUGCAGUGGGGAUUCGGGUGGCCCAUUGGUGGCCUCCACCGGCGAAUUGAUUGGUGUCACCUCGUUUGGUAUUUCGUUCGGGUGUGAAAUUGGAUGGCCCUCUGUGUACACGCGAGUCACCAAAUAUUUGGACUGGAUUGCAGAGAAUUCCGAUGUUGUAGUUAAUUAAAAAUUGUAGAAAACAAUAAAUAAAUUGAUAUAAACAAUUA